UUUGAUAUAGAUAGAUGUUUAAAAAAUAAUAAUUAUGUUUUGCUCAAUUUCUAUAGACUAUACUCAUGUGACCAAGUCGUGUAGGUAGCAAAACUUUUUACUUAUCGGAUUGCCUCCCUAUUCUAUAAAAGAGGUACAAUUGUGAUUGAUUUGGAAGAUUUCUCUAAACGAAUAUAAAUACCUCUUUAUGAUUUCUCAAUGUUAUAUUCCAUUGUCAUUGGCAAUAUCUGAGUUGCAAUGACGAGAAUCUCUCUCAUCUCUAUCCUCCUACUCCUCCCUCUGAUCUUAGUCUCAUGUGCAGAUAAACAGGUUUACAUGGUGAACAUUGGACAGCACAGUGGAGAAAAAGCAUUUCAUGAGAUUGAAGACUCUCAUCAUUCAUAUCUGCUCUCUGUGAAAAAGACCGAGGAAGAAGCCAGAGCUUCUCUACUUUACAGUUACAAGCAUAGCAUCAAUGGUUUUGCUGCACUACUCUCAACAGAAGAGGCCUCAAAGCUAUCCGAACUGGAGGAAGUGGUAUCGGUGUCUUGGAGCCACCCAAGAAAGUAUUCAUUGCACACCACAAGAUCAUGGGAUUUCAUAGGAUUACAAGAGGAAGGGGGACAUCAAAAGCAGCACGCGUGGAAGGGAGAAGACUUACUGUCCAAGGCCAGAUACGGCAAAGAUGUCAUAGUUGGGGUCCUUGAUAGUGGUGUGUGGCCAGAAUCAAACAGCUUCAGUGAUAAAGGAAUGGGACCGAUCCCAAAAUCAUGGAAGGGAAUCUGCCAGACUGGAGUUGCUUUCAACUCCUCCCAUUGUAAUAGGAAGCUCAUUGGAGCAAGGUACUACCUCAAGUCUUAUGAGGCACACCUGGGCCCUCUAAACACCACUGAGGAUUACCGAUCACCUCGUGACAAGGAUGGUCAUGGAACACACACUGCCUCGACAGUUGGCGGCCGAAGGGUCCUCAAUGUCUCGGCCAUUGGUGGCUUUGCUCACGGUAUUGCCACCGGUGGAGCACCACUCGUACGGCUAGCCAUAUACAAAGUGUGCUGGCCAAUACCCGGCCAGUCGAAAGUAGACGGGAACACAUGCUUUGCGGAAGACAUGUUAGCGGCCAUUGACGAUGCCAUUGGGGAUGGUGUUAACGUUCUAAGCGUUUCCAUCGGGACUAAACAACCUUUUAAAUAUACGGAGGAUUAUAUUGCAAUUGGAGCACUCCAUGCUACGAAGAAAAACAUUGUUGUUGCAUGUAGUGCUGGGAACCAAGGCCCUGCACCUUCAACUUUAUCAAAUCCAGCUCCAUGGAUCAUCACCGUUGGUGCUAGUAGUGUUGACCGUCAGUUUAUCGCUCCUGUCGUGCUGGGAAAUGGUCUCAGAAUUGAGGGACAAACUGUGACUCCAUCUAAGCUGGAGAACAAGUUAUACCCAUUAGUAUACGCGGCAGAUGUAGUUAAUCCAAAUGUGUCAAAAGAAGCUCUUGGGCAAUGUCUCCCUGGCUCUCUUUCACCUGAGAAGGUAAGGGGAAAGAUAGUGUUGUGCAUGAGAGGUCUUGGGUCCAGGGCUGGAAAAGGCAUGGAAGUUAAGAUGGCAGGUGGUUUUGGUUUUAUCCUUGGAAAUAGUAAGGCGAAUGGAGCUGAGUUAUCAUGUGAUGCACACGUGCUUCCUGCCUCUGCAGUGAGCUAUGAUGAUGCAGUUAGAAUUGUUGAUUACAUCAAUUCCAGCAAGAAUCCAAUGGCGACUAUCAUACCAGCAAAGACAGUGAUAGGUACCAAGCCAGCACCAUUCAUGGCUUCCUUCUCUAGCAGAGGUCCUAAUGUUAUUGACCCUUAUAUUCUCAAGCCUGACAUUACAGCUCCAGGGCUGAAUAUACUGGCAGCAUGGAGCGAGGCUGAUCCUCCUACAAAGUUGUCACAUCAAGAUAACAGAAUUGUUAAGUACAAUAUUUUCUCCGGUACUUCAAUGUCAUGCCCCCAUGUGUCUGCUGCAGCUGCACUUCUUAAAGCCAUACAUCCUACCUGGAGCAGUGCUGCAAUAAGAUCUGCCCUUAUGACCACAGCUGGAUUAACAAACAACAUGGGUUCCCCAUUGACUGACAACUCUGGCAAAACUGCAACUCCCUUUGCAUAUGGCUCUGGACACUUACGCCCCACCAUGGCUGCAGACCCUGGCCUAGUGUACGAUGCCUCACAUACCGACUACCUUCUCUACUUGUGCAGCACCAUCGGGUCAAUCAGCAAAUUCGAUCCAACAUUCAAGUGUCCAAAAGCAGCACCAAAAGCAAUCAACCUCAACUAUCCAUCCAUAGCAAUCCCCAAACUCAAUGACACGAUCACUGUUCAGCGGACAGUCACGAACGUUGGUGACAGCAAAAGUGUAUAUUCAUUUACGGCUAAACCGCCCUUGGGAUUCUCGAUAAAAGUCUCCCCAAAUGUUUUGUCGUUCGAUGAUGUUGGCCAGAAGAAGAGUUUCACCAUCACGGUGAAAGUAAGAAGAGAGAUGCUGAGCAAGGUUGACAAGGAUGAGUAUGCUUUUGGGUGGUAUUCAUGGGCUGACGGGAAACAUAUUGUUAGAAGUCCAAUGGCAAUCUCUUUAGCAUACUGAUCUUGUAACUCAUUGGUGACAUGAAUCCUUCGUGUUUUAUAUAGUUUAAAGGCUCUUUGGUCUAAUUAUUGAAAGCAUACAAAAGAGUACAAUAUUAAAAAUAUUAGUGAUCA